GACAGACAGGACAAGCGAGUGAGCAGCAGUGCAAGGAGAAAUAAUGCACCGCCUAUCGAGUGCUAUAGCUCAUCCUAAUUGAGAUAUUUUGACGAAAAUGUUGGCUGGCAGAGACGUUAGGAGGACAUAGCGCAGCCAGAGGAAUCCAGCUGAGAGCCAUGUUAGUCCGUAACAAGUUGGCGAGAGCUAUAAAUUCCAUUGUGAUAAGAACGUAACAGUUUCGUCGUCGAAACUCUCGCUAUUUUUCAAACCUAUUGCAACUGCGCUGUUUUGUAAUCAAGAGAAAUGUUUAGGAGUCGAAGUUGGUUUGGUGGCGGUUUGUGGAAGCCCAAAAAUCCGCACUCGUUGGAGCAUUUAAAGUAUCUUUACAACGUGCUGUCCAAGAAUCAGACUGUGUCCGAAAGCAACAGAGGUCUGCUGGUCGAAACCUUGAGGUCUAUCGCCGAAAUCUUGAUUUGGGGCGACCAGAAUGACGGCAGCGUGUUUGACUUUUUCCUCGAGAAAAACAUGUUGUCGUUUUUCUUGAAGAUCAUGAGGCAAAAAUGUGGGAGCUACGUGUGCGUUCAACUUUUGCAGACCCUGAAUAUUUUGUUUGAGAACAUCAGAAAUGAAACUUCUCUCUAUUACCUUUUGAGCAACAAUCAUGUUAACUCCAUAAUCGUGCACAAAUUUGACUUCUCUGAUGAAGAAGUCAUGGCAUACUAUAUCUCGUUCCUCAAGACGCUUUCAUUUAAGCUUAAUACUCACACUAUCCACUUCUUCUACAAUGAGCACACAAAUGACUUUCCCUUGUAUACAGAGGCCAUUAAAUUCUUCAACCACUCCGAAAGUAUGGUCAGAAUUGCUGUUCGAACCCUAACUUUAAAUGUGUACAAAGUUGAUGACAAAUCAAUGCUUAAAUUCAUUGGGGAUCGAACUGCAGCGCCAUACUUCUCGAAUCUGGUCUGGUUCAUUGGAAAUCACGUUCUUGAACUGGACAACUGCGUGCGGAAUGACGCCGACCAUCAAAGCAAAGGAAAAUUGGCCGAUCUUGUUGCCGAGCAUCUGGAUCAUUUGCACUACUUAAACGAUAUUCUUUGCUUGGAUAUUGGUGACCUGAACUGCGUUCUGACUGAUCAGCUGUUACAUCGACUUUUGAUGCCACUUUAUGUCUUGUCUUUGGCGCCCAGACUCUCCUCCCAGGACUCUGUCACUCAGCAGAGCAGACCUUACGUGAGCAAAGUCGUUGCUUUGUUCCUUCUCUCUCAAGUGUUUCUGAUCAUCACACACGCACCUCUUGUGCACACUUUGGCUUGGAUUAUUUUGAAUUCUGACAGCUCGAGCAUAUCAGAUGACGACCAAGCUCACAAUAUGACUGCACUUGCUCAGUCGAGUAUUCCCUCCAGUAUUCCUAAACUUGUAUCUCCUCCAAAACCAACUAUCAACGAAGAGUUAGAACUUUCUUACGAGGAGAAAAAAGCCAUAGUAUGGAAAAAGGCUCACACCUCUGCGGAGCAAACAAGUGCAGACAACACUGACACUGCAACGACUAAUGAAGAGGGAGAAAGCUCAUCACAGGAGCCAGUGCCUAGUCCAGCAGGUAGUUUCUUGAAUGUGUCCGACGAGGAGAAAGAGAAACGCAGAGCUUUGAACUCACAAGGUGUGUCCUUAGUGGGUCGGCCAUUCUUAGAAGCCAUUUUCGCAUCCCUCGACUGCACGGAGAACGACUUUGUAGCCCUUUUCGCGCUCUGUCUGCUUUACUCAAUGGGCCACAACAAAGCAGGAGUCAACGAAUGCCUUUUGGACAAAGUUUUGUUUCCUGCCAAGAACUCGCAACAUUGGUACAACGGAAAUUUGAUUGAGAGGCUUAUACAGAUAAUUUCGCUGAGCUGCCAAAUGAACUCAAAAGUGCGCUUGGUGUCUCUUGAGAUGAGUAUCGGCCUGAUUCAGCAGCUGGCCCUCAGGGACAACCACAGCUAUCUCCACGAUGGACACUUGGCAGCCAUUGAAGGCGCCAGAGAGGAAAGCACUGGACAACUCAGAACAUUUUACAAAAGUGAUGAAAUUUUCCUGGACAUGUUCGAGGAAGAGUAUAACGAAAGGAAGAAAGGCGCUUUAAACGUGGAGUGGCUCAUGAUGGACUCGAACAUUUUACUUCCUCCCACCGGAACUCCAAUGACAGGCAUUGAGUUUAGUAAACGUCUUCCAUGUGGAGAAGGCGAGAGAACGCGGCGGACGAUCAGAGCCUUUCUGCUCGUUCGAGAGCUGUCGCAGUCGCUCGGAAUGGGCAAUGAGAACCAAUUGCCUCUCACCAACCCGUCAGCCUGCGUCCAAGUGGACCAAGUCCUGGACCUCAGUACGUGUCUCCCAUAUAACAGCGACCUAAUCGCCUGCACGGUGGUCACAAAAGAUGGGCAGAAGAUCAGGCGCUUCCUGGUGAUAGAUGCGCUCCAGUUGAUUUUGGUUGAGCCAGACACGAGGAGGCUAGGCUGGGGCGUGGCCAAAUUUGUCGGCUUCCUGCAGGAUUUGGAGGAGACUGGCGACAAAGACGACUCGAGAUGUCUUCACAUCACGGUGCACCGACCCCUCUCAUCCAAUACUCCGAACAGACUGCCCCUCUUGGCUGCCAAAUUUGUGUUUGAUGAUCACAUUCGGUGCAUGGCAGCAAGACAGAGGCUGACGAAGGGAAAGGCAAAAGCGAGACAAAAGAAAAUGCAGCAAAUCGCAAGACUGUUGGAAAUUCCGGCCAACCAGGCAACCCCUUCCCCUCCCACUUACUCGCUUCAAGCAAUGCGUCUGCAAGACAGAGCUAGUCGGAGUUUGCUAGGUGGCCCUAACCGUCCAUUAUUUUCCUCUGCCAUCAAAGCGCCAGGAUUCGCAGCCGCCGUGCGGCGCGAGGAGAGCGGCAGAAGCUCCAGAACUCCUUCCCCGUCCUCUAGGACCUCGUCGGAAAAUACUGGCACGAGAUCAAGGGAGGGUUCCCCCAAAAUGCCCAGACCGCGAAGCGAGGAGAUCCCGCUAGAGGAUAUGUCGUCUCAAGAGGGUGGAAGCUCCAGCUCAAGUCUUCCCCUGCAGGAUCCAACAAAUACCAGCACACCUGUGUCCAACCAAAAUAAAGUUGGUAGAGGAGCGACGAGAAGACGCCACAUGGAAGCGUCGCGCCGACUCCUGUCGCCGUCGCCGAGACGCGCCAGCGAAUCUCCUUCGAGAAUGGCCCAAGCGAUGGAGAGGAGCUCCAGCAUGUCAAACUCUCCAAGUGCCACCCCUCCCAUUCCAAGUUCACACCCUGAAACGGAAACCUCUUUCACCGAGGUACCACAAGACACUGGUGAUCCAAACGGAAAUAACUCUUUCAAGCGAAGUGACUCAGCUGACAGGAAAAAGAAAGGCUCCGUAGAAAUUAUUUGAUUGUUCAAGAAAUAAAUUAUAUUGUUUUCUAUAACAAA